AUGAAUCCAGCGAAGUGCGCAUUCAGAGUGGUCUCCAGAAACCUUUUGGGAUUCAUGGUGCAUAAUAAGGGUAUCGAGAUGGAUAGUAACAAAACGAAAGCUAUCAUCAAUGCCCGAGCGCCUGAGAAUCUGAAACAGCUCCAAGGAUUCCUUGGACAAGUGAACUUUUUGCGAAGAUUUGUUUCGAAUGUUGCAGCUGUUAAAGGGCAGAUCGUUGCUAAUUUUUUGGCAGAUCAUCCGAGCUCGGUAUCUGACCAAGCGGAUGAUCGUAUGGAAGCUGUUAUUAGUCCGAUACCAUGGAUCUUGAAGUUUGAUGGUUCUAGCAUGCAGACCAAUGUUGGAGCUAGGGUCUUUAUCGAGAGCCCAUGGGGAAAAAAGUGGACCGUUGCUAGACCAUUGGCCCUUGGAUUUACUAAUAAUCAAGCAGAGUAUGAAGCCUUAUUAGUUGGACUGAGGAUUCUCCUUAAAAAAGGAGCUAAGGCGAUCAGAGUUCAAGGCGAUUCACAAUUGAUUCUGAAGCAAAUUACCGGUGAGUUCCAAUGCAAAGAUGAAAUUUUGAGAAGCCUUCGAAUUGAGGCAGUUACUAUGUUGCAGAAUUUUGACAACGCAAUUGUGGAAUUCAUACCUCGAGCUGAAAACGAAGUAGCUAAUGAUUUAGCUCAAGAAGCCUCUGGGUAUAAGUCAUCCGCCAUAGGAAAUUUCAAGUCAAGGCGAGUAUGUCUGUGCCCAGUGAAAGUGGGGGAUUGGCGUAUGGAGCUAAGAAAAGCCGCCGAUGGAAUGCUAUUGAAAUGCGUAGAUACUCAAGAAGCCAUGAAGGUGAUGGGUGAAGUGCAUGAAGGGGUUUGCGGAGCACACAGAUCCGGGUUAGUCAUGAGAUGGAUGAUCCGACGAUAUGGGUAUUUUUGGCCAUUAAUGACAGAAGACUUCAUCAAAUAUGCUCAAGGAUGUGAAGCGUGUCAGCAACAUGGUCCUUUGAUCCGAAUUUCAGUGGAAGAAAUGCAUGCGGUCGUGAAACCAUGGCCAUUCUGGGGAUGGGUGAUGGAUAUCAUCGGAAAGAUCCAUCUGCUAUCCUCUAAGAGACACUCGUUCAUAUUGGUGGCCACGGAUUAUUUUACAAAGUGGAUAGAAGUUGUACCAUUGGCCAACAAUCCCACAGACGAUUACCUCCGAUCAAGGUACUGUUUUUACAGCGAUAGAGUUGCCGCCUUCGCUGCACAAUACGGGAUUGCUCUUUUGCAUUCAUCCCCAUAUUACGCACAAGUGAAUGGGCAGGCUGAAGCAGCCAACAAGGUCUUAAUUGGGGAAUUAAAAAGGCCGUGGAAGAUAACCCGAGAAGAUGACACGAACUACUGGUUGCACUCCAUUCCAACUGGUCUAUGGGCAAAAAAUGAUAUUGCCAUUGGAAAUCAUGGUGCCAUCGUUACGAGUGUUGAAGUAGAAUUCAUUCAGUCCCGAGCAGUACGAUACAACUAUGUACAGAGGCUGGAAGAUGUACAUGAGGAUCGGAUGAUGGCGUUGGAGAAUAUCAGAGCGAAUAAAGUGAAAGUAGCACGAGCUUACAACAAAAAGAUUGAUGAAUAUUGA